CAGAAGCGGGAUGUACCCUAAGCAGCCAAUCGGGGAGCGCUGUCUCUGUCCAGCCAAUGAGAAGUCAGAUUGCUGUGGCGCCUUGCCCCUCCUCCCUGGUCCCCAAGCCUUGGGUACCCUCCGCUUUUUUCCCCCCUGGAGCAGUUUUCCUUCCUCUGCCUGCCAUGCCGUUCGUAGAGCUGGACACGAAUUUGCCCGCCAACCGAGUGCCCGCGGGGCUGGAGAAACGACUCUGCGCCGCCGCUGCCUCCAUCCUGGGCAAGCCUGCGGACCGUAUGAACGUGACGGUGCGGCCAGGCCUGACUAUGGCGCUGAGCGGGUCCACCGAGCCCUGCGCGCAGCUGUCCGUCUCCUCCAUCGGGGUAGUUGGCACCGCCGAGGACAACCGCAGCCACAGCGCCCACUUCUUUGAGUUUCUCACCAAGGAGCUAGCCCUGGGCCAGGACCGGAUACUUAUCCGCUUUUUCCCCCUGGAGUCCUGGCAGAUUGGCAAGAUAGGGACGGUCGUGACAUUUUUAUGAUUGGCACGGAGGGAUCCGGGGCAUCUGAGCUGGCUGCUUCUUCCAGAGAGAUCUCCUGGCAGAGUGAGGGCCUAGUGAUAACCAGCUUUGAAUUAUGCCACAUGCAACAUUCCUGUGAUCACAUAAUCCUCUUCAUCCUCAUAUGAAAUAAAUGAGGAGAGCUUCCUCGUUCAAACAUGA